GAGGCGUCCCCGAGGCAAACUCACGCUCCCUCCAGCGUGUAAUCCGAGGGAACUCGGGGAGUGCUUGAACUUCGCCUUCGCUUUUGUUCUAUCUCCAUUAUUCCGUUCGGUUGCCACUGGCGACAAGACUCACCCACGCUUCUUACUGGAGGAGGCCCGCCCCUCCACAGAAUCCCCGCAGAGCCGGCCAGUAACCCGCUGCGUUGUCGGCCCCCAGCGGGCUCCGCUACGCGCUACCUUGUGACGUCACGGGGGAAAAGGCGGAUUCUCUCCUACUACCGGAAGACGUCUGCUGUUUUGAUUGGCUAGGGAAGACGUCCGUUAGGACGUGUUGGCCGUUCUGUGUGCUCCGUGAGCGUAGGCGUCUCUGUGGCAGGGGUUUCCAAAACCAGCGCCAGCACCCUUCCCCUUUUCCAUCAGGGGUUUAGCUUAGGGUCGCCCCUGGUGGGCGGCUCCCGAGUCUUGAAGAAGACCACGAGAACCCCUGGGCAGGCUGAAACAUGGCGGCGGCGUCGGUCUCUGCGGCUUCUGGUUCUCAGUUCUCGAACAUCUUAGCUGAACCAUCAAGGUCUAAUGGAAGUAUGGUUCGGCAUUCUUCAUCUCCGUAUGUUGUGUAUCCAUCGGAUAAGCCUUUCCUUAAUAGUGAUCUACGACGCUCCCCAAGUAAGCCUACACUUGCCUAUCCAGAAAGCAACAGCAGAGCCAUAUUUUCUGCUCUUAAGAAUCUUCAAGAUAAGAUUCGUCGCUUGGAACUUGAGAGGAUUCAGGCAGAAGAAAGUGUGAAAACCUUAUCUAGAGAAACAAUUGAAUACAAGAAAGUACUGAAUGAACAGAUACAGGAAAGGGAGAAUUCAAAGAAUGAGGAAUCAAAGCACAAUCAAGAACUGACAUCUCAGUUGUUAGCUGCAGAAAAUAAAUGCAAUCUACUAGAAAAACAAUUGGAAUACAUGCGAAAUAUGAUAAAGCAUGCAGAAAUGGAGAGGACAUCUGUCUUAGAGAAACAAGUUUCCCUAGAAAGAGAACGACAACAUGGUCAAACACAUGUUCAGAGCCAGCUUGAAAAAUUGGAUCUUCUGGAACAGGAGUACAACAAACUUACUACAAUGCAGGCCCUUGCAGAAAAAAAAAUGCAAGAGUUAGAAGCAAAACUCCAUGAAGAAGAGCAGGAAAGGAAACGCAUGCAAGCUAAGGCAGCCGAGUUGCAGACUGGUCUAGAAACAAAUAGACUUAUCUUUGAAGAUAAGGCAACUCCACGUGUUCGCAAUGCAAGAAGAAUUAAAAAAAAGAAGUCAAAACCACCAGAAAAGAAAAGUUCUAAGAACUAUUUCGGUGCACAACCACAUUAUAGAUUAUGCUUGGGUGAUAUGCCGUUUGUAGCUGGGAAGUCCACAAGUCCUAGCCAUGCUGUGGUAGCCAACGUUCAGCUUGUCCUGCAUCUAAUGAAGCAACACAGUAAAGUUUUGUGCAAUGAUCGAGUUGUCAGCAGUAUUCCUUUGGCAAAGCAAGUAUCUUCACGAGGUGGUAAAAAUAAGAAGUUGUCAGUAACACCUUCCUCCUCCAACGGUAUUAAUGAGGAGUUGUCAGAAGUCUUACAGACUUUACAGGAUGAAUUUGGGCAAAUGAGCUUUGAUCACCAGCAGCUUACAAAACUUAUCCAGGAGUCACCAACUGUUGAACUGAAAGAGAACUUAGAGUGUGAAUUGGAGGCAUUAGUGGGAAGGAUGGAAGCAAAAGCCAACCAAAUAACUAAAGUUCGAAAAUACCAAGCCCAGCUGGAGAAACAGAAGUUAGAGAAGCAGAAGAAGGAGUUAAAAGCUACCAAAAAGACUCUUGAUGAAGAAGGAAACAGCAACAGCCGUUCUUCUGGAAUCACAGGAACCACAAAUAAGAAAGAUUUUACCAAACUGAGACCUGGAGAAAAACGCAGAAAAAACCUUCAGUUAUUGAAGGACAUGCAAACCAUACAGAAUUCAUUACAAAGCAGUAGUUUGUCUUGGGAUUACUGACUUAUAACCAGGUCAUAAAUUUUAUUCAGAUAAUCCGUACCUCAUCAAUCAGAUGUUAACAAUUUACUUCCCAGGUCUUAUACUAACUUAUGUUGGAAUUAAUUUAUAGCAGGUGUUUAAGGGACCCAGACUUCAUUACACAGGCUUUUUGUGUAUGCAGCAUGACUCAGUGUUAACGCAUUUAAGCAGAAACCAGGGGAGUUAAGAAAGCCUGAGAAACCACACAUUAUCUUGUUUUGUUGAGAUGAAUUUGCUGUACUGGUAUAUUGCACUUUGUAAACAGAUUAUCAGUUUUUUACUUGUGGGUGUGAUUUUUAAAAAAUAGUUCUUUAUAAUUAAAAUUAAAUUUUCAAAAUAUGAGACUAUGCCAUAGGCAGGGCUUGAAAAGUCUCACUUUUAAACCUUUCCGUGGCAUGAAGUGCCCAAUUCCCCUUUCCAAAGCAACCAUUAAACAUACUUUUUGUUUCUA